GUAACAAUAUAUUAGAUCAUUACAUUCCACAAUAAUGUAGCUAUUGAAAAGGAGUAAAGCUUAGAUUAAAAUGUUACGGCCUGAAAUGCAGGAGAAUUGAAAAGUGAUAAUGUUGCUAAACAUGAGGGACCGGUGCGGAAGUCGGGACUCAUCCGAAUCUUAAUAAGUAGUUUUUCAGUUUUCCCAGAGAGUAUUUUAGUAUCUCUGGUUUUCCAAGGGAUAGACUCAUGGAAAUGUAUUAUUUUGAUGUGUUAGGCCUAAGGGAGAUUAUUCAUCAAAAUCAAAUAGCUCAAUAACGGAAGCCCACCCACUUUGGUACUUCCGGGCUAUGGCACUUUAUUUACUGAAAGAAAAGUGACAAAUCUUUCGUACAACUGUUAAUGAAUGGUUUUUUCAAACAGGGGAGUGGAAAUUUGAAGCGUUUAGAAGCAGGAGGGGGGGAGCAAGCUGUCACCAUGUCGGCGGACAUCAUAGAGGGUUUCCUCUGUCCCAUCUGUAUGAAGGACCUGGGAACUGUCUCACAGCUGCAAGGGCAUUUUGAGGAGGAACAUUCUUCAGAAGACAAAGCAGUGUUCCAGUCAUUGAAAGGUUUCUUUGACAAAGCCAAAAAGCGUAUCCUUGGAGACAAGCUUGAAACAGAGCUGACACCUGGUGGUGAACCAGCGAAGAGAGAGGAGCUUGGUGGUCUGUCUGGCUAUGACCCCUCAUGGUGGGAGGAACAGGAGUUAGGUGCCAUCCGAAGCCAUACAGACACAUUCAAGUCUGUGCGAGAUGCCCGCGUGGACCAUUUUGUGGUGGAAACGAACAAACUUCUUAUACGUCUUGAUAAACUGCUUAGUCCAGAGGCUCCUGCAGAUCCAAAGAAACGGAAAGCAUUUGAGCGUGCAGUAGUGCAAUGGAUCCCCGACAACGAAGUUUCCGCCUGUCUGAGCUGUGGCAGGUCGUUUGGCCUGCUCACCCGCAGACACCACUGUCGACUCUGCGGAAGGAUUAUGUGUGACCGAUGCUCCGAGUUCAUGGCUUCUUCCUACGCUCACAAACUGGUGAACCCGGGCCACAACUUCUCUGGUGAGGGUUUCCUUAAACGUAGCAGCAGCAACACCAGCAUCAACUCUCUUGUGAGCCAAGACGGGGAGUCACAUAUGCGGGUGUGCAAGACGUGUCGUAAACUGCUUGAACGCCGAGACGUGAUGACGGAGCAGAGGAACACCAAGCCUGCUAUUGUGCAGAUCUAUGACAAGAUGAAAAUGUGCAUCUCUGAUGCAGAACAGAUUUUGCCCGACUACUUGCCUAUGGUGGACUCACUCAGUCAAGGUGAGACGGUCCACAACUUCCGACAGGCUCUCAUAAUGAGAACAAAACUAGUCAAACUCUACGAGGCUGUGGAUCAGCUCAGCAAGAAGAUCAUGCUCCUGCCAGUGCCAUCUGACACCAACUCCCGACAACUGCAUUUGCAAAAGUCUAUCAGGAUCUAUGCAUCCAACUUCAUGCAAGAAAACCUCAUGGGCUUGCAGGCCCUCCCUACUGAGGAAGAGUACAAUAAGCUUCGUGAGGCCCGAGCAGCUGAGAUACAGAGGAAGAUCGCAGCUGAGCGGCAGGCGGCCAUGGAUGCCCAGGAGCGAGAGCGACGUGAGCGUUUGGCCCGGGAUAGUCAAAGUGGCAACGCUUUGUCUGCGGAGGAAGGUCCCCAGUUUGGUCAUCGUCGUGUAGGAUCCAGUGGAGGCUCGGAGCAGAGCAAGCGUAAGCUGAUUGCCAACAAGAUUCUGAACAGCGCUGGGUCUAAAAGUCACACUCGGUCUGACUCAGAGGGCGGCGUUGGGACUGAUAAAGGUUGGAAGCCGGUAGAAGAGAGCACUCGAGCACAGAAAGUGAGUGACCCCAUGCUACAGCAGAUGGAGAUUAUCAAGGGCUACAUCAAGCAGGCCCGUCAGGCUCAGCGCAUGGACGAGGUGGUCAUGCUAGAGCAGAACCUGAAGGAGCUCACAGCCGAGUACACCAGGCAAAAGCAGCAAGAGUCUAGUUGAGGACUUGUGUGUGUGCAUGUGUCUGUAUUUGUUUAGUGUGUAAAAUCUGAGUGAGUGAGUGAGUAGACCCAGCUCGUUGAUGAGGCUAUGAUGAUGGAACAGAGUCUUCUGCCCGUCUUGCACUCUCUACACUGAAGUUAUAGCCAUAGUAGUUAAGGGUCUGGUAUGCUUUUUAAAACUUUUUCUGACAGUGGGAGAGACUGGUUUUGCAAUCCCAUCCCAUCUCCCCCCCCCCCCCCCCCCCCACUCCCUUUUUGGGCCUAGUCAUCACAUUUGUUACUGUUGCUUUCUUGCUUCUUCCUCUAGUUUUCCUGUCGUUUUGCUCUUUGCACAGCUGCUAUGUAUAAAAAAAACCCUUAUAUUUCUGAAAUUAAUUGUACUUAAUAUUUCUGAUGUGAUUUUUUUUGGGGGGAGGGAGGAGGUGGGGGUGGAUUUUGAUGGGUGGGGACCAAAAGCUGAGUUUUGUGAACUGGAGGGAGAACUGGAGUAGGAGUUUGUAGAAAAGGGAGUUUUGUAAACGUUCUAUUAAAUGGAAGGAGUUUGGGAAGGUAGUGUUUAGAGAUAUGGAAAGAAGGUAGAGUUAUAGAGGGGAUAAGGAGAAGAAAAGGGAAGGAGAGAGAUGAAUUUAUAACGGUUUACUGGUAUGUGUGGGAGAUGGUGGUGUUGAGGGGAAGGAAGAGGGAGGAGGUGGAUGAAGGGAGUCAAAGGAAGAGAAGGGGAGGAGGGGAAGGAUGGAGUGGAAAGAAGGAAGAUAGGGGUUAGUAGGUGAGAAAGGGACAGUUGUGUUAUUAAAUGAAAGGGAAAGGGGUAGAUUGGGUUGGACAAGUUGUAAAGACAUAUUUG